AUGAGUGAUGUCCAUUUAGAAGACUUAUUCUAUGAGUGCGAUCGAAAUGGCCAAGGGAAAAUUGGUCCAGAAGAAUUUCAAGAAUUAUGCGCCAAAUUUGAUAUCGAACCCAGCGAUUCGGAUGUGAUAUUUUCAGACUUGGAUCGUGACGGUGACGGACAAAUAUGCUUGGAGGACUUUGCCUGGGGAUUCCGUGAUUUUUUAUCUCCUGGUAAACAAGACAAACCCAAUGAAAAUAGGACUCGUGGAGAAUUGGAAAGAAGGAACUCACAAGCCUGGUCGAAUUUCGUAGCUGUUAUUGGAGAGCCAGCUUUAAAGAAAUUAUUUCAUACCAGUGGAAAAAAAUUAGCGGAUUUGUAUAUGGAGAUUCAAAACUGCAGUCCAUCAUCAGAACUUAUAACACAUUUUGAGGGAGCUUUAAGUUCAUUAAUGGAAGAUGUGAAACGAUUACAUGAAGAUAAUGAAAAACUUGAAAACAUGUUUAAUCGUGAGCGUCAAACACAUCUAACAAGACUGCGAGGUUUAGAAGAAGAAAUAGAUGCACAAGUCGCAAAAGUUGAAGCUCAAGCCAGGGAUGAAGCAAGAGAACAAUUUGAAUUUGAAAAAAAAGAAUUGAUGAAAAAAAUGGAAGCCGAAACAAUAGAGUUAAAAACACAUUUGAAAUUGUUUCAAAAGGUGAACACUGUGUUAAGCCAAAAAAAAGUAGACAAGAACGAUAUGGAUGAGACCAUAGAAGAAUCAAGGGAACUGAGACGUAAAUUAAUUGACACACAAACUAAUUUGGCAGUAGUUCGUUCGGAAAUGGAAAAACUUCGAUCUGAGUACGAAAUUAAAUGCGAGGAGUUUAACAACACGAUACAAGUAAACAUCGAUCCUUUAGAAGAACAAAGUGGAGCCCAAUAUACUAUAAAACGACUAAUGGAUGAUAUUGACAGUGGACGAUCUACUCUUGUAGAAUCAAAUAAUUAUUAUCAAAGGGAUCUACAAGAUGAGCUCUCAAAUGCAUCUUCAAUCAACGGACCUUACCAUUCAGCAAAAACGAUAGAAUUUGAGGAAAUGAGUUUAUCCGGCCGUGAUUCCCAGAAUAUGAUGCAUUUCCACACACCAGCUAGUGCAAUGAGUAUUAGUAGUUAUGAUAUGAUCGGUGGUGAUCCAGAAAGAACCUAUAAAAUCGUAUUCGCCGGUGACGCGGCUGUUGGAAAAACGUGUUUUAUUCAUCGUUUCUGUAAAGGCACCUUCUCAACAAAACUUGGAUCUACUUUAGGUGUUGAUUUUCAAGUUAAGACAAUCAGAGUUGAUGAUAGAAAUGUAGCAUUACAGUUAUGGGAUACAGCUGGACAAGAAAGAUUUCGUUCCAUUACAAAAGCGUAUUUUCGAAGAGCAGACGGAGUCAUUUUACUGUAUGAUGUAACUAAUGAAAGAUCUUUCAUCAAUAUUCGUCAAUGGGUCUUAUCGAUAACGGAAGUAGCUGAUAAACAAUUACCAAUUUGUAUUUGUGGUAACAAACUGGAUUUAAGACGCGAAGCAGAGUUGCAAGGACUAACGUGCGUGUCCACAGAUCACGGUGAACUUUUGGCUAAGGAUUACAACGCAGUAUUUUUCGAAACUAGUUCCAAACUUGGAACGAAUAUUAAUAACGCAUUGGUUACACUAUGCAGAGAAAUGUUGAUUAGAGAAGAUGUCGACAUUCAAACGUCUGCUUUAUACAUCGCAGAACAAAAACAUAAAUUUAACCCAGGUUGCUGUUAA